UUGGAAAUUGCUCUCUAUUGACGGCCAUUUAGAAAUUGCUUUCUAUUUCUCUAGCGAUAGCGAUCGAGAGCGCUCCCCUCACUCUCCUCGUUUCGGUUCAUCACGCUUUCCUCUCUCUUUCUCUCUCUCUCUCUCUCUCUCUUCCCAUUUUGCCAUCUCACGCCUUCCUCCUCCGAAAAUAAGAAGCCAAAGAAGGGACGCGAGAGGAGUUGCCAAAUUUCGUCUUUUUUUUUGUUUGUUUUUUCCUUCGAUCGAAUUGGUGGGGGGAAUUCGUUGCGGCGUCGGAUUGCUGAGUUUUUGCCGGAAACGGAAAUGGCUGCGGUGGCGGAGAACGCGAUCGGGUCGGACAUCCACCGAUCGUCGGCGGCAGCGGCGGCGGAGACAGAGUACCAGCGGGACGUGAGGAAGCUGGUGGAUCUGCUCUCCAAAUUGAACCCCUCCGCCAAGGAGUUCUUCCCGUCGUCUUACUCUACUGCCGCCGCCUGCGUGGGGAGGAGACCCGACGGGCGGCUCUCCGCUGAUGCGCCCAUUUUCGUGGCGGCGUCCGAUUAUAACAAUAAUAAUGAUCAGGUUGGUAAUGGGAGCAAUAAGGACUCGAGCAGCGAUGGAUCGGUGAGCAAUCAGCCGAAUCGCAGAAGGAGGAAUGGCUAUAACCAGGGGCGGAGGAGGAUGAAUGAUAGAGCCCGGAGAUCUGUGCGGGAGGACAGCAUCAGGCGAACUGUAUAUGUUUCUGACAUUGAUCAGCUUGUUACUGAGGAGACGCUUGCUGAAAUUUUUGCUACCUGUGGGCAAGUAGUUGAUUGCCGGGUUUGUGGUGGUCCCCAUUCAGUUCUACGAUUUGCAUUUAUAGAGUUUGCUGAUGAGGAUGGUGCAAGAGCAGCACUGAAUCUUUGCGGGACUGUGCUAGGUUACUAUCCUCUCAGAGUCUUACCAUCAAAGACUGCCAUCUUGCCUGUCAAUCCUAAAUUUCUUCCUCGGUCUGAGGAUGAAAAGGAGAUGGUUGUAAGGACAGUUUAUUGUACAAACAUAGAUAAGAAGGUUACUCAAAUAGAUUUAAAGGUUUUCUUUGAACAAUGUUGUGGCAAGGUUUCUCGUUUGAGGCUUCUUGGAGAUAAUGUGCACUCCACACGGAUUGCCUUUGUUGAGUUCGUUCAGGCAACUGGGUUUGGAAGAGAGCGUGCCCCGGGGGCGGGGGCGCGAUGGGGGGUGGGUGGGUGGGUGUGGAUAGAUAGAGUGGGGCCCGCUCCAGUCCCCCAUUUGUCUUUCCUUCCCAUAUGGUGUGAAAGCCUUCAUGCUAUGCCAACACUUGGGACAGAAGCAAUUUUGUUGAAUGCAGUUGCUAUAGGUCUAUGUUGGUCACUGCUUUUGGGUCAUCGUUUAUUACUCAUGGCAGAAAGCGCUAUUCAUGCUCUGAAUUGCAGUGGCAUGAUUUUGGGAUCUCUUCCUAUCAGGGUGAGUCCUUCAAAGACUCCGGUAAGGCCACGUGUACCUCGAGCGACACCACACUGACUUGUGUUUGGCUGCCCACUGGCCUACUGGACGAUUCCAUAAGGCGAGACUUUGUUCUGGAAGGCUGAUAAACUGCUGCAUUUGCAUAAAAAGGUUAUCAGCAAAGAACAUGUUCUGAAACCUGACAUGACCCACCUUCCUCCAGGCUAUAGCCUCGAAUGAGACCUUUCUUGUAACUUUGUAGUCCGGCUCUACCCUUGUUUUAUUUGUUAUUGUUUGCUCAGACCGCCAAACAAACUUAGUAGGCAACAUAUUAGUUUCUGUGGAUGAUCUUAUUUAUCUUGGGGGUAAGCGAUUGCCUAAACCAAGCUCAUCAGAUACCUAUGCAAUUUAUUGAUGUUUUAUCACCACCCACAAUCAUUUUUAGUGA